AUGUCCGAUUUCAUGAACUGUCAGUUUUACACCAAGAUUGGUGCUUGUAGACACGGGGAGAAAUGUUCCAAAAGACAUACAAAACCUUUGACGUCUUACACAGUGCUAUUAGCAAACCUUUAUCAGAAUCCUAAAUUGAAUAAGAAUGAACAGGAUUUAAAUCCCAAACAAAUACGAGAGUAUUUUGAAAACUUCUACAAAGAUGUAUUCAUUCGUCUUGGUAAAAUUGAGGAAAUAGCAGCAUUGGUGGUUUGUGAAAACGAAAAUAAUCAUUUGAAUGGAAACGUAUACUGUCGCUUCAAAAAUGAAGAAGGCGCCAGAAGAGCUGUGGUUGAACUAAAUCAAGAAUGGUUUGGUAGCCGACCCGUACACUGUGAAUUAUCUCCGGUUCAAAGUUUUCAUGAUGCUAAUUGCAGAGAUUACGAUACUAACAGUUGUUCGAGGGACCAUUGCAACUUUAUGCAUGUGAUAAGGCCAAGUGAUGAACUAGAAAGACAACUCUUCAGUGCACAAGCAAAGUCAGUUGUAUCCAGAAAAAUACUAGAAUUGAAGUUCAAGCUUGCACAAGCCAAUCCACCAGUUUCAGAAUCUACAGAUUUCAAAUCCACUGUGGAAGCUCUUUUCAAAGUGGGACAAAAGUAA